CCUUCGCUGCCUCGCCGGCUUCCGUUGUUUCUCAGGAUUGGUCUGUUGUUGUUUUUUUGGUUGCCCCAGAAUCCCUUGCGCGCGGCAGCUGACAUAUAGUAGCUAUGGCCGGAGUCCUGAAGAAGACCACUGGACUAGUUGGGCUAGCUGUAUGUGAGGCACCACAUGAGCGCCUCCGGGUACUCUACUCAAAAAUCCUUGCUGCUCUGGAUAGUAUGCCCAAAGAUGCAUCAUAUAGGAAGUAUACGGAGAACAUUGUAAAUGAGCGGCUUGAUAUAGUAAAAACAGAACCUGAUGUGCAAAAACUGGAAAGUAAAAUCAAUGGUGGACAGAUAGAAGAAGUGAUUUUGCAGGCUGAAAGUGAGCUCAGCCUAGCCAGGAAAAUGGUGCAAUGGCGACCCUGGGAGCCUUUGGUUGAAGAACCUCCGUCUGAUCAGUGGAAAUGGCCAAUAUAGUUAAUGUUAUUUGUAGCUUUUGGAAGUGAAAAAUAUGUAAUCAAAUGUAUGCUGGACAUGAAUGAAAAAUAUCUUAAUUCUACUCAUAA